UUUAAAUUGAAACUAAAAUACAAUUAUUACACAUUUUUGAAUUGACCAAUAGAAAAAUAAACUUUGAUGACAAGAUUGUUAAUCACGUAAAAGUGAUAGACCUCCAUAAUACAGGUAAAUAACGUUAAAAUAUGAAGUUCACUAUUUCACUGUUAGUCUAGUGUACCAAAUAGACCUCAGUUCCCAGAAAUAUCGAAGUUUUUAAAAUAUCCCUCUGAAUAAUUAAUACCUGAAAUUUCAUUCUUUUCUAUCAUAGCUAACUUUGAAUACAAUAAUUCAUAAAUUUGGCUGAAUUUACUUUAGAAAAUAUGUAUUAUGUGGAUAGACAUUUGAUCGAUAGCUCUGGAAAAUUGAAAGCACUCUUUAUAGAUCUCAUUAUGCAUAAACCUACAGGGAGAUAUUACGGAAUAAUUAUAUACUUCCCGUUACACAUGAUGUCAACAAAACUCAACAAUCACCACAACUCUAUGCUGAUAUUCGUUGUAAUUAUUUUCAUUAUUAUUGUCAGUAUUAUUUCUCGUCUUCUAAAUUGAUGACGGUUGUAAGUGACACUCAACACACUACUGUUUCUUGCAUAGUGCUCACCAUUCUAGACACACAGUUAGUCGAAUAUUUGAUCUGUUUUGUAAUUACAUUACUACUUCUUUCAAUCCAUGUUAUCUGUAUUGAUUCUGAUGAUCAAUGUCACAACCUCUAUUGACUUGUGAACACAUCCGUUUUGACAGGAAAUAUUGAUCAUAACUUUGUUAACAAGUUCAUUUUGAUAAAAUUCCUAAACAAAUACAUUGUUGUUUCUAGAAGAUUUACUCUACUUCGAAGUAGCAAUAUUUUUGGAAACAUAACUCGAAUUUAUAACUGUGGAGUUUCAAUGAGAAUUUAUCGACUCUGUUCAGUGCACGUGUUCAGAACGUAGUUAAUGUCCAGAAUGUCAAAUAUAUUUUGUCAUAAGUAAAUGAAAAUAAUUAUGUUGUGAGGUUUGGUUGUUCUAAAGUCAUGAUUCCAUAAGUAUACUCGUUCAUUCAGUUGUCAAAAUCUUGACCCAUCUUUUUGUUUUCAUAGAAUCAUCGCCAAUCCAAUUGGUGUAGAAAACUUACCAAUCAAAUUAUAACUCUGAAUAAAUUUGAUUUGUUAGAAUACAUCUGUCAAACCUAUUAAUUGUAUGUGAUUGGUUGAAGGAAAUUUUGCAAAAUGAAGUGUGAGUAUAAAACAUUCCAUCUACAAAAUCGUAUUUUACCACGUGAAAAUAAGCACAUUUUACCGUGAUUGACUUCUUAGGUUUGAACAGUGAAAAAUUAUCAAAUCUAUGAUUUUCCUACGAAAUUCUGUCUGAUAGUUUGUGAAUAUUGUCCAUCUUGAGCAUACUUCAUGUAUCCAUCAUACAACAAUAGUUAUAAUUGUACGAAUUCUAUAAAUAAUGUCUCAACAAGUUCAUCUUCUCACCGGAAUGGCUGCGGUACACAAUCAUCGCCAAAAGUUAUACCUCGUAAUCAACAUAAUUCAGCUUCCACACAAGUAUAUCAGCAAAAUAAUUGGGAUUCAAAUAAAUCUGCUUCUACUCCGCUACCAACAUCCUAUUUACGGAGGUUAUAUAAAUUGGGUUCCAUAAAAAAUAAUGAUGAAAUGAGCAUGUUGAAUAGCAUCAAUACACAGGAUUGUAACGACAUUCAAAUCAGUAAUAAAAAUGAACUAAAUUUUCAAACUCCGAAAACCAAGAAGUUAGAUGAAGUCUACCUUUCAGUUAAUCGCAGAACACAACCGGGUAUUUCAGCAGCAAUUAAAUUAUUGUCACAAAAUCUGAAGCCAAAAAUAAAUCCUAAUAACGAAGUUAUUGAUGAUUCUAAUAGUAAUAGCAUUACUACCAAUAUUGUUAAUACUAAUACGAAUACUAAGGGAAGUAAUCAGAAUAAAAUUUCCACUAAUGGCAAAAAUGACAAUUUAUCCACUAUGCUUCCUCAUUCAAGCCGAGUUGAAUACUCUUCUUGGAAGAAUAAACGAUACAGUUAUACUCCUACUUCUUUCGCUAACCACAACUAUGGUAAUAAUAUCGGUAACAAUUAUAAUAGCAUUUCAACAUCAAUACAAACUAUAAACAAUGAAGACACUGAUAAAUUAGCAAACAAUCCGCCUGGGAAAAUGAUGAAGGCUGACUCAUCCACGUUGAUGAAACCAUCACUGCAUAAUAACAGUAAUAACGAGAUAUAUUUGGCAAACAGUAAUUCACCUUGUACAACUAAUUUCAAUGACAAUAAAAAUAAUAUGUAUUCACCUUUAUUUACACGCAAAAGUAAUUACGAUACAUUAGUUAAACGUAGUUCCUCCACAUCUCCAUAUCGACCAUUACUAAAUUAUCGUCCAUCAUGGUUACUGUCAUCCAACCAGUUGACUUCCGUUCAACAGCUGGGAUGUUCAAAUCAGACUGUGACGCCUGGCCCUUUUUAG